AUGCCCUUUUUUACAUGCUUCAAAGGCGAUUCCGAUCCCGAAAGCCAUCUGAGGCAUUUCAAGAGCCUUAUGAUCCUCUACAAAGCCAAAGACGCGCUAAUGUGGAAGGUGUUUGCAAUGACUUUGCGAGAAGCAGCUCAGGAUUGGUUCCAUACCCUGCCAUCCAGGUCGAUCAACAGCUUCAAGGAGCUUACUUACAUCUUCACUAAAGAAUACACUUCUUAUCGGAUGAUAAAGAAGAACCCUAAUCAUCUGUUCAACCUGCGCAAGAAGCCCAACGAAUCCCUUCAAGGCUACAUCAAGAGGUUCAAAGCAGAAAAGCAACAUCGUAGGGUGCGAUGA